CUCGAUUGGCCGUGGCCAUUACCAGAUUACGAUGGUCAAAGAAAGGCUGAAAAGAUUAUGAAUAUUAUCAUGAUUGUAGCGGGUCUUAUCGGAUUUCCCCUGGGUUACUACAAGCAACAGCUGUCGCUAAGCGUCUACGCUCUACUCGUUGGAUGCGCGCUUACCGCCUUAAUCGUUAUACCGCCGUGGUAUUGUUACCGAAAGCAUCCUCUGAAGUGGCAGAAGGUUUUGGCAACAGAGGAGCAUACGAAGACAGCACAAUCAAAGCCGUCGACUAACUGA